AUUUGUUUGCAAAUAGUGAAGUGUGAAGUUGUGAUUUUUUUUCAAACUUUGAAAAUGUUUAGCGAACCGAGGACAUGAAUGAAACGACUGAAAUUUUGAAUUGACGGACGACAUGCAGGCGCAGGCUUCCAACAUAGGGGUGGUGGACCCACACACUACCCAGAUGAACCAGUUCAGGAGCUACGUCACCAUGUUAGGAGACCCUAACUGCAAAGACGUACUCAAACUCAAAGCCACCCAAGAGAUAAGCAAGAAUUUCGAGAUGAUCCUAAACUCGGAACUGUACCCCAGCUUCCUGGACCACUCGGUGAAGAUGUUCCUGAAGAUCCUGGAGGACGGUGAACCCCAUUUCAUAGCGGAAUACAAUAUUCAACAGGUGAGAAAACUGAUACUGGAGAUGCUGUACAGGCUUCCGACGAACGAAACCCUGAGGCCUUACGUUAGGCCCAUCCUCCUGCUGAUGCUAAAACUUCUGGAAAUCGACAACGAAGAGAACGUCUUGGUGUGCCUGAAGAUAAUCAUCGAGCUGCACAAACAGUACAGGCCGCAAUUCAGCGCCGAGAUCCAGCGUUUCUUACACUUCGUCAAAUCCAUCUAUUCCAACUUGCCGAACCACAUGAACAAGAUAUUCGAGCCGCGGCCCCCGAUAAAAGUCAAGGAUCUGAGCGAAGUUAACAUCGAGGAGCUGCUGAAAGAGACGUUUACCAUGACCAUAAUCCAAACCGAGAAGCGCAAUAAAGAUGGCACUCUUAUAUCGUACUACCUGAUCCCGAAGGCAGUGUUGUCGCUGAAGGUGCUCCAGGAACUGCCGAUCAUAGUAGUUCUAAUGUACCAAUUGUACAAGCAGAGCGUCCACCAGGAUGUCAGCGAUUUUAUACCCCUGAUAAUGAAUACCAUCACCCUACAGCCUACGCUAGAGCAGAGGCAAGCGGAGACGUUCAACAAGGAGAUUUUCGUCGACUUCAUGGGCGCUCAGAUAAAAACUUUGUCGUUCCUUGCGUAUAUCAUCAAGAUCUACCAGGAGGUGGUGCAGAACCACUCCGCCAUGAUGGUGCAGGGCAUGCUGGGGCUGCUGACGCUCUGCCCCAUGGAGGUGGCCCACCUGAGACGGGAGCUCCUGAUAGCUGCGCGGCAUAUACUCGCUACCGAUCUGAGAAAUAAGUUUGUGCCGCACAUGGGAAGGCUGUUCGACGAGGACGUCUUGCUGGGUCGCGGCUGGACCACCCACGAGUCGCUGCGGCCCUUGGCUUACUCUACGUUGGCCGACCUGGUGCACCACGUCCGCCAACAGUUGCCCCUGGCGGAUCUCACGAGGGCCGUUCAUUUGUUCAGCAAAAACGUGCACGACGACACCUUGGCCACCACGAUUCAGACGAUGUCGUGCAAGCUGCUUCUGAACCUUGUGGACUGCAUCAGGAUACGGUCCGAGGCCGAGAAGAGCAACGAGGGCAGGGAGUUACUGAUGCGGAUGUUGGAGGUGUUUGUAUUGAAGUUUAAGACUAUAGCCAAAAUACAACUGCCGAUAUUAGUGGCUAAAUGUGAACAACGCAAGCAGGACACACAGAAUUUGUUGCAGUCCAACCAGCAGAACUCACAGGAGAAGGCGGAAGAUGUGAAACCGAAUCCCGCGGAGCUUCUAGAGAACGCCUUGGCGACGGCGCAAGGGUCCCAACAGAAAGAGGAAAAGUCUAAGUUCGGUUUUCCCCAAAACAACAACUACAACGUCGCAGAUUACAGGAGUCUGGUUAAAACGUUAGUGUGCGGCGUCAAAACCAUCACCUGGGGGUGUUCUGCCUGCAAGAUUAUCUCUCCUUCUGGUCAGUUAGUUCAGUCGAAGAACUUCCAGCCUCACGAGACCCUGGUGUUUGUCAGAUUGGUGAAAUGGGCCUUGAAAGCGUUGGACGUUUACACCCUCAACGUGGGACCCCAGCCGGGAGGGGUGCCUCAGCGCAUAAACCAGCAGAACGUCAGGACCAAAGAAGAGAAGGAGGUGUUGGAGCACUUCAGUGGGGUGUUCUCCAUGAUGAAUUCCCAAACCUUCCACGAGAUAUUCUCCACGACGAUCGAGUACCUGGUGGAGAGGGUCUACAAGAACCCCACGUUGCAAACGGUGCCCAAUACCCUCCUGGCGCAUCCCACCACCAGCCCGAUCUUCGCCACCGUGCUGGUGGAAUACCUCCUGGAACGGAUGGAGGAGAUGGGCUCGAAUCUGGAGCGGAGCAACUUGUAUUUGAGGCUGUUCAAGCUGGUUUUCGGCAGCGUCUCGCUGUUUCCCCAGGAGAACGAGAACAUGCUGCGUCCGCACUUGCACCAAAUCGUCAACAGGUCUAUGGAGCUGGCGUUGAGCGCCAUGGAGCCGUACAACUAUUUUUUGCUGCUCAGGGCCCUGUUCAGAUCCAUAGGGGGAGGCAGCCACGAUCUGUUGUACCAGGAGUUCCUGCCCCUGCUCCCGAAUCUCCUGGAAGGUUUAAAUCGACUCCAAAGCGGCCUGCACAAGCAGCACAUGAAAGAUCUCUUCGUCGAAUUGUGCCUGACGGUCCCGGUGAGGUUAAGCUCGCUUUUACCCUACCUGCCCAUGUUAAUGGACCCCCUUGUGUCGGCUCUGAACGGAUCGCACGUCCUGAUCAGUCAAGGUCUCAGAACGUUAGAACUGUGCGUGGACAAUCUACAACACGAUUUCCUCUACGAACACAUCCAACCCGUGCGGGCGGAACUGAUGCAAGCGCUGUGGCGCACCCUGAGGAACAAGGACCCCGUGGCACAGGUGGCCUUCAACGGUCUGCACAAGCAGCACAUGAAAGAUCUCUUCGUCGAAUUGUGCCUGACGGUCCCGGUGAGGUUAAGCUCGCUUUUACCCUACCUGCCCAUGUUAAUGGACCCCCUUGUGUCGGCUCUGAACGGAUCGCACGUCCUGAUCAGUCAAGGUCUCAGAACGUUAGAACUGUGCGUGGACAAUCUACAACACGAUUUCCUCUACGAACACAUCCAACCCGUGCGGGCGGAACUGAUGCAAGCGCUGUGGCGCACCCUGAGGAACAAGGACCCCGUGGCACAGGUGGCCUUCAAUUAUGGUAUGUUCGUCGGGGCGGCGAUCAAGGAGCUUCGCGACCCGGUGGUACCCGCUCUCGUAUCCCUUGUGCGUCACUACACCAUGGUGGCGGUGGCCCAGCAAUCGGGAGCAUUCGCGUACAGCCCGAAUUGUUUCAGGCCCAACAAACAGAUAACUUUGGACCCGCUCGUGCUGGUGGACGCCUUGGCCAUCAUAAUGGGCCACGAGGAGCGGGAAUUGUGCAAGCCUGGCCAUCUAGGAUUGGUUUUGAUCGUGGACACUGCCUCCACGCUCUUGGGAAGCCGCGAGAUGGCCUGCCGUUUGCCGCUGAUCGAGUACCUCUCGGAGAAGAUGUGCUCGUUGUGCUACGAGAGAGCCUGGUACGCCAAACUCGGCGGGUGCAUAGCCAUAAAGUUCAUGUUCGAGCGGUGCGCCUUGAAGUGGGUGUACGAGCACAUGUUCAUGUUCCUGAAGGCGCUGCUCUUCGUCAUGAUGGACCUGACGGGGGAGGUGUCGAGCGGGGCCCUGGACAUGGCCAAGGACAACCUCCAGAAGAUGCUUAUAGUGUGCGUGACGCCGCCGCCCGACGGGUCGGACCAGCAGACCAAAGAUCUGCAGAACGAGGCUCUGCACAAGGUCACCCACGAGCUGGUCAGGCAGGUCACCAGUCCGCACACCAUGGUUAGGGAGCAGUCGAUGGCUUCUCUGCGCCUUUUGGCCGAAAAACAAGACAAAACCGUCACGGCGGUCAUGGAACCGUUCAAAGACGUCCUCGCGGAUAUGGUCCCGCCCAAGAAACACCUCUUAAAGCACCAACCGGCCAUCGCGCAAAUGGGACUGAUGGACGGCAACACGUUCUGUACUACUCUCACACCAAGGCUGUUCACUAUCGACACGAGCAUAAAAGAGGACAACCUCUUCAUCCAGGACCUUCUGUUCUUGUGCAACACGGACGACUCCAAACUCAACACGUUCUCGUGUUACAAGAACAUAACAAACUUCAUCCCGUUGCGGACCAGCGCCUUGAAGGUUCUGGCCGCUUGUCAUUACCUGGAGAACGACAGGGAGCAAAUAUUCCAGGUUCUGUACAAGGCGUUGGAGAAGCCCAACGCAGAACUGCAAGAGACCGCCUUCGAGUGCAUGAAGAACUUCAUAGCGGGCUAUACGGUCGAAAAAGGACUGGUUUACCAAACCGUUCGUCCGCUGUUGAUGACGCUGGGCAACGAGAAGAAUCUGACACUGAACGGCUUCAAGAUGUUGUCGUACCUCACGCAGCUGUUCCCCAACGUCUUCAACGAGAAACUGUGCGAGCAGUUGCUUGAAAUCUUGAAAGAGUUGAUGGAAAAUCUCAGUAACACUUACAAAAUCGCUCCAGAAGGAAACGGCAGCAGCAUAUCCAGGAAAGGCGACGAAGAGCAGAAGAUCGUGACCAUCAUCAGUAUCUUCCACCAAACGCCCGCCGCCUCCUCGAAAUUCAUCACCCAGCUCUGCCAGUUGAUCCUGCAAACGGAACAGGCGAUGAUGAUCGAAGCGAGCAGCCCCUUCCGCGACGUACUAAUGAAAUUCCUGCUGCGCUACCCCGCAGAGACGUUGGAGAUGUUCCUCAGCGAUAACUACAUCAAGGACAAGCAGUUCAGCAGGUACCUGCAGUAUCUGGUCAAGCACAAGGAAGGGAAACCCUUCAGGGACUACAUCCAGAACAAUAUGGUGAAACGCCUCAUAGCGAUGGUGCUCUCCAACUACAUCAACUUGAACUUGGAGUUACACGAGAGGAACGAACUGCAGUACCAGGGCAUACGGAUCAUAGCGCUCCUGAUCAAGUUCGACGACCAGUGGCUGUCGACACAGCAGGAGCUGGUGGACUCACUCAAGCAGAUAUGGUGCGACGACACGUACCAGGAAAGGCACAAGAACGUAGAACAGCUCGAGUACACGCACUGGAAAGAGCCGAAGCUGUUGGUGAAGAUCCUGCUCCACUACUUCUGCCACCACCCGACCGACAUCGACCUGUUAUUCCAACUCCUCCGGGCUACCGUCGACAGGUUCAUCCCCGAAUUCCAGUUCCUGAGGGACUUUUUAGAGAAUACCGUGGCCCAGAAUUACACCGUGGAGUGGAAACGGUCGGCGUUCUUCAGAUUCGUCGAAUUAUUCCCUCUAGGGGACAUGUCGCAAGAACUGAAAGCCAAAGUCCUUCAACUCAUACUUAUACCGUGCUUCGCCGUCAGUUUCGAAAGGAGCGAGACUAACAAGCUGGUAGGGGGCCCCCCGACGCCCUACCAAGACAGCAGCGAUAACGUCGUUUCGGUGUUUAUCAACAAGCUGAUUGAUCCGGAUAACCCGUUUCCAUCGGCCGAUUGCGUCAGGAUAUCGCUGCUCCAGUUCUCGUGCCUCCUGGUGGAGCAGGCCAGCCCCCACAUCCACGACCACGACGCCAGCAACAAAGCCCAGGGCUUCAAGCUGCGCAGGCUUAUGACUUUCGCCUGGCCCUGUCUGCUCGUGGAGAAUUGUGUCGACCCGGCAACGCGCUACCAUGGUCACCUGCUCCUGUCUCACAUCAUCGACAAGUUCGCUAUACACCGGAAGAUCGUUUUGCAAGUGUUUCAUAGCCUUCUGAAGGCGCACGCGGUAGAAGCGAGGAACGUAGUGCGGCAAGCGUUGGAGAUUCUGACACCGUCUAUGCCGUUAAGAAUGGAAGAGGGUCACACGAUGCUCACCCACUGGACCAAGAAGAUUAUCGUGGACGAGGGACAUUCGAUGCAACAGUUAUUCCACAUCCUGCAGCUGGUCGUGAAGCACUACAAGGUUUACUACCCCGUCAGGCACGAUUUGGUACAGCACAUGGUCAGUUCGAUCCAAAGGCUAGGUUUCAGCCCGACGGCGACUUUGGAGCACCGCAAAUUGGCUGUGGAAUUGGCGGAGGUCAUAAUAAAAUGGGAACUGUACGGUAUAAAGGAGGAAUCCAAGGGAUCUGAGGUGGGUUAUUGUUAAAGGUUGAGGGCCAGACGUAAUCGUUGUUGUUUUCAGGUGGUGGAAAGUUUUCCCGUUAAGAGGUCGAGUUUCGACGAAGGCGAAAGCAGCAGGAAGAAGAUGGCUAUCCCCGGACCCUCUGGAUCGGGAACUGUGCCCGUGGCGGUGGUGAAAAGCGAACCGGGAGUGAAUAAACCCAUCGAUAGGGCCCACACCGAUACCGUCCUCAAUUUCCUGCUUAGGCUGGCUUGCCAGGUCAAUGAAUCUCCGCCGGUAAAUCCCGCCAAUCCCAUAGCCAACAGCCCGGGCGAGGUCUUGUCCAGGCGGUGCGUGAUCCUCCUGAAGACGGCGCUGAAGCCAGAUAUAUGGCCCCAACCGGUGGAUCUGAAACUGGGAUUCUUCGACAAGAUCCUGAUGACGCUAGAGACCCCAAAUCCCAACGUAGCGAACAUAUGCACGGCCCUGGAACUCCUGACUUACCUCCUGACAGUUCUGGACAAGAAGCAGAUCCUGGCGAGCUUCAAGCUGUUGAAGAGGGGCAUCGAAGUGUGCAUAACCUCCAACAACAGCAAGAUCAUCAAACUGGUGCACAACCUGCUCACCAAGUUGAUGUCCAUAUUUCCCAUCGAACGUACCACCACGAAUUUAAGCUGCAAGGAAGAGGAACUGGAGCCCCUCUAUAGUCACAUCGGCAAGGUCAUCUUGGAAGGCCUGAACAAUUACGAGAAGAAAGAGAACCCGUCGAGCUUAUUCGGGACAGUGAUGAUCCUGAAAGCGGCUUGCGCCAACAACCACUCGUGCAUAGACCUGCUGAUAACGCCGUUCAUGCGGGUCCUGCAGAAACUGCACAAGGAACAUUUACAGCCCAUCUCGACGGAAUACACCGCCCUGACCAGCGAGCUGCUGAUCCUGAGCCUGGACCUCGUGAAGACGAGGGUGGUGGUGAUGGGCGUCGAGAUGCGUAAGACGUUCAUCGGGACCAUUCUGGUGGAGCUGAUCGAGGAGACGCAGGAUAUCAAAGUGAUGAAGGCCAUCACGAAGAUGUUGGAGGAGUGGAUGAAGUGCAAGAACGUCGUGACGCUCAACCAGGCGCCCAGCUUUAGGGAGAAGUCUAUUUUGCUAGGGAAGAUGAUGCAGUACGUAGAGAAGAGGUUCCCCGACGAUAACGAGUUGAACGCUCAAUUCUUGGAACUGGUUCACUAUGUGUACACCGACAAGCACCUCAAGACGACCGAGCUAACCUCGAAACUGGAACCCGCCUUCUUAGCGGGGCUGCGAUGCGGCCAGCCCCACAUCAGGGCGAAAUUUUUCAAGGUUUUCGACGAGUCCAUGCAAAGACGGUUACAAGACAGGCUGCUCUACAUAGUCUGCUCCCAAAACUGGGACGCUAUAGGGCCCCACUACUGGAUCAAGCAGUGCAUCGAACUGCUGCUCGUAACGUCCGCCCCAGACGGAGGUAUAGAGAUGGCCCACGAGAGCAGCAUCCUGCCGAGUAUUACCUCCGUUAUAAGCUCCGCCGAUAAACACAAGAAGGAGGAGUUCAGCCGUCACCAGUUCCAGAAACCAGAGUUCUGCGACUCGGUGGAGAACAAAGAGGAAAUGCUGGACGUGGACUUGUCGAACGUGGAGGCUAAUCCGACGGUUGAGGAGAAGCCCAUCAUCCGGGAGGAGACCAUCAAGAUGAUAAAGAAGCACUACGAAUUCAUACAGGUGUCGAGGAACGUGACGACGGAACAGUUUUUGGUGGCCACUGCGCAGUUGUGCCACAUGGAUACGGGUCUGGCGGAACACGUGUGGCUGUCGUUGUUCCCGAAACUUUGGUCUAUAUUAGAGGACGACCAACGCAAUCUGUUGGUGCAAGAAAUGCUGCCGUUCGUUACGUCCGGCACCCACAUCAUACAAAAAGAUUGCCACCCUAGCGCCAUUAACACCUUCGUGGAAGCCAUGUACAGGUGCACCCCUCCCAUACAGAUGUCACCACCGCUGAUGAAGUACAUAGGGAAGUCCCACAACCUCUGGCACAGAAUGGCCUUGGGUUUGGAGCAGAUGGCCUUCGAUCCUACCUCCGUCUCCAAAUCAAGCAAUCCGGCGAGCUGUUACGAAUUCGAAGGCGAACUAUCCAAAACGGAACUGCUGGAUUCUUUAGGCGAGCUGUAUUCCCUGCUGUGCGAAGAGGACCUAUGGGCAGGUCUGUGGCAGAAACACUCCCAGUACAAGGAGACCGGCAUAGCCAUCGCCUACGAGCAGCACGGGUUCUUCGAGCAAGCCCAAGGCGCCUACGAGGCGGCCAUGGCGAAGCACAAAACGGACAACAGCAUGGGUCCCGUCCCCACGCACACCCAGAGGGAAAUCCUGCUGUGGCACGACCAUUGGAUCAGGUGCGCCAAGGAGUUAAACCAGUGGGAGGUCCUCAUGGAAUACGCCAAGAACUUCGUCUACAACCCGUACCUGCUGCUGGAGACGGCCUGGAGGAUCCCCAAGUGGGACGUGAUGAAGGAGGCCCUGUCGAAUGUAGAAUACAACUGCCCGAAGGAGCUGGGAUGGAAGAUCACCAUGUACGGCGGCUACCUGCUGAUCUGCCAGCCGGACGAGAAGAAACCGCUCAAAAUCGUCGAGCGGUACGUGGAAAGCGCCAGCGCGCUCUGUCUGAACGAGUGGAGGCGCCUGCCGCACAUCGUCAGCCACAUACACCUGCAGUACCUCCAGGCGGCGCAAGAGAUCAUGGAGUUGCAAGAGGCAUACCAGAUCCACAAAGGCCUGAUGCAGAGCCACCAGAACUCCCUGCACGACAUGAAGGCCAUAGUUAAGACCUGGCGGAACAGGCUGCCGGUUAUAGCAGACGACCUGGUGCACUGGAACGACAUUUUCACGUGGCGCCAGCACCACUACCAGGUCAUCGUCAACCAUUACGAGAGCAACAGGGACACCACCACCGCCAAUUCCAUGCUGGGGGUCCACGCUUCCGCACAGUCGAUCAUCCACUUUGGGAAGGUGGCGAGGAAACACAAGCUCAUCAACGUCUGCCUCGAGUCCCUGAACAGGAUCUGCAGCAUUUCCAGCGUGCCGAUCAUCGACUACUUCCAGAAGGUGCGGCAGCAGGUGAAGUGCUACCUGCAGCUCGCCUCCAUGAACAACAAGAACGAGCUGGCCGAGGGCUUGGAGGUAAUCAACCACACGAAGAUGCAGUACCUGAGCAAGGAGAUGACUGCGGAGUUCUAUGCUUUGAAGGGGAUGAUGUACCACCUAAGCAAUAAGUCCGACGAGGCGAACAAGGCUUUCUCCGCGGCGGUGCAGAUGCACGACACCUCCAUCAAAGCCUGGGCGUUAUACGGAGACUACUUGGAGCAGGUUUUCACCAGAGAUCCGAGACAGAUCAACCUGGGGGUGAACGCGAUGACGUGUUUCCUGCACGCGUGCCGACACCAGAACGAGUCCAAGGCCAGGAAGUACUUGGCCAAGGUGCUGUGGCUCCUCAUAUACGACGACGAGAAUUCAAGUAUAAUGGGGGCUUUGGAUAAGUACUACGUGGGGGUACCCCCAAUACUGUGGCUGCCGUGGACGCCGCAGCUCCUCAACUGUCUCGUGCAGUACGAAGACAACGUGAUACUGAACCUGCUUUGUCAGGUCGGCAGACUAUUCCCCCAGGCCGUCUACUUCCCCAUAAGGAUCCUGUACCUGACCCUGAGGACCGUCACGGCCAGGAAAACGAAUUCGAUUCUGUUGCAGCAACAGCAGCAGCAGCAGCAACAGCAGGCGCAGGAGACGCAGAAGAGCGAGGAGACGCAGAGCAGCACCCAGUCGUCGUCAUCGGAGAGCAGCACCGGCACGUCGACGUCCGCCACCCAACCCACCGUGAAGGCGUCCUGGAUCAAGGCGACCUCCUCCAUGACCCGGUGCUCCAAGAUCAUGAAGAUGCAGCGGGAUAUCCACCCCACCGUGCUGUCCAGUCUCGAGGGUAUAGCGGAUCAGAUCGAGUGGUUCAGGGAGAAUUGGUACGAGGAGGUUCUCAGGCAGCUGCGGCAGGGCCUCGCCAAGUGCUACGCCAUAGCUUUCGAGAACCGGGAGGCCGUGAACGAGGCGAAAAUCACCCCUCACAUACUUAAUUUCGUUAAGAAACUGAUGUCUACUUUCGGCAUCGGCGUAGAGAAUAUUUCCAGUCUGACGAACGCCACGUUUAACUCCGCCGCCUCGGAGAGUCUAGCGAGGAGAGCGGAAGCGACUUAUCAGGACCCCGUGUUCAAGGAAAUGAAGAAGGAGUUUACGAAGGACUUUGACUUUUCCCAGUCAAACUCCAUGAGGCUCCACACUCUCAUCUUCAAGCUGAAGAAGUGGAUCAAGAUCCUGGAUAAUCGCUCCAAGAUGCUUUUGCAGUCGUUUUUGAUAGAGGAAAAGUGCCGGUUCCUGUCGAACUUCACACUGAAAACCGCGGAGGUAGAGCUACCGGGGGAGUUUCUCCUGCCCAAGCACAACCACUACUUCGUGAAGAUAGCGCGGUUCAUGCCGCGGGUCGACGUGGUGCAGAAGCACAACGCGGCGGCGAGGAGGCUGUACAUCAGGGGCCACAACGGCAAAAUUUACCCUUACCUGGUGAUAAACGAUUCGGGUCUAGCUGACGCGAGGAGGGAGGAACGGGUGCUGCAACUCAUGCGGAUGCUGAACCUUUACCUGGGAAAGCAGAAAGAAACUGCCAGGAAAUUCCUGCACUACACCGUCCCCCGGGUCGUGGCGAUCUCCCAGCAAAUCAGGCUGGUCGAGGACAAUCCCGCGUCGAUUUCGCUGCUCGAUAUCUUCAAGAAGGGCUGCUCGAAGUUGGGCAUCGAACACGACGACCCCAUCCAGUAUUAUUACGAGAGGCUGGCCACGGUGCAGAGCAGAGGCAUCAAGGCCAGCCACCAGGUCUACAGGGACAUCCUCAAAGGCGUGCAGCAGAACAUGGUGCCGAGGACCGUCAUAAAGCAGUGGGCUUUGCAGACCUUCCCCACCGCCACGGAUUACUGGCAGUUCAGGAAGAUGUUCACGUUGCAACUGGCGUUGGCCUGUUUCGCCGAGUACGUCUUCCACUUGACGAGGCUCAAUCCGGACAUGAUGUACCUGCACCAGGACUCGGGGCUGAUGAAUAUCGCUUACUUCAAGUUCGACGUGGACGACGGCACAGGCGAACUAGACACCGCGAGGCCCGUCCCCUUCCGGCUGACCCCCAACAUUAUAGAAUACCUGUCGACCAUAGGGGUAAGCGGGCCGCUCACCGCUUCCAUGAUCGCAACCGCUAGGUGUUUCGUCUACCCCAACUUCAAGAUCCUUUCUAUACUGAAACCGAUCCUGCGCGACGAAAUGAUGCUGUCCAGGGCGAAGAAACCCGAGGAUAUACUAGGCACGAAUCAGGAGAAUAUGACGGACGCCGAGCAGAUCAUAAAUAUGGUUAACAAGGCGGUGUCCUCGGUUUCGAGCAGAUUGAACAGUCUGGCGCAUUUCGAUGGUACCGAUAGCAAGGUGGCAACGCUCGUGGCAGCGGCGAACAGCCACGAUAAUCUCUGUCGUAUGGACCCCGCUUGGCACCCUUGGUUGUAGGUUAAGACCUGGGACUCUUUUUUUGUGUGAGGUGUUUAUUUUUUAAGUUUUGGGUUGGAGACAAUCCGGUAGUUUUGUAAAAGUGAGGUUAUUUUGUAAAUAUACUGAAAUUGAUAUUAUUAGUUGGUGAUAAUAGUUUUUUAAAGUGAGAAAUAAAUUA